GAUAGAGACAGAUAGACAGACAGACAGACCAAGAGCAACAAAAGUUUUCAAUUGUGACCUCAGGUUCUACUACCGGAUUGCGGGUGGUGUCCUCCGAUUUGUGCCCGUCAUGGUCUCUUCAUCCUCGUUUAGCCUGUCCAGGGCGGUCCUGGGCGGUCUGACGAGUCCGAAAACGCCAUUAACCAAUUCGUUGUCGUUAUGUCGGCGUGGGAUUGCGGGCAAGGUGUUGCGUGACCGCUCCGAGCCCAAGCCCGCCCCUUGGGACUACAACAAGAAGUCGUUCAACUUGUUGCACGGGCUGUACGACAAGACCACGCUCCGUCUGGACGAGAACUCCAAGAUGAUCAUGGUGGAUGGGGCGCACGCCGUGGGCAAGACUCAAUUCGCCCAAGACUUGGCCGAGGAGCUCGAAAUGUUGUACAUGCCCAAGAUUACCAUGGACGAUUUCUACAUCAACAAAUAUGGCGAGGACGCCCGAAAGCUGGACGAGUAUCUCACCGAUCGGAAUAAGUCCUACGACGAGAAGGAUUUCUUCCGCAACCCCGUGGCUUUGCCAGGAUGUUACGACCGCAUGCACAACAGCCUCUUCAAGUUGAUGGUUCACCAGCAUCUCUUGGCUUUAAGACACAUCCUGAACACUGGUCAGGGAGUGGUGAUGGAACGUGGUCCGUUCUCCGAUUUGAUUUAUGCCCAAGCCGCCGUCAAUGCGGGUUGGAUGAGUCAAUCAUCGGUUAAGUUCAUGCGGACAUCCCGCGAAAUGUGCAUGGGCCACUUGUUCCGACCAAACUUGAUUAUUUGGUUAGACGCUCCGAUCUCCGAGGUUCAAAAGAAAAUCUGUUCCCGGGGAAACGAAUGGGAUAAAGAUUCUCCAGUUUGGAAGAACUCUCAAUAUCUGCACGAUAUCUACGAAGGGAUGAAGAACAACUAUCUGCAAAAGGCCAGGAACCAUUCCCAAGUCCUGGUCUACGACUGGACUGUCCCUGGUGACAUUGAAGUCGUGGUGGAGGAUAUUGAGGACCUCAAUUUCGAUUACUAUGGUCUGCACGACGAGCAGCAAAAGGAUUGGAGGUGGUUCAACGAGGCAGAGGCCACCAGUCUCAGGAUCCAUUAUUCGAAUCCGGAACGAUUCCGAAGAAUUAUGGCGCAAAUGGAAGCAUUCGAGUGUUUUGAGGCCGAGCAUCUUUACAAGACCCGCGAAGAGGACGACAAUAUGGCGUUUGCUCUCCUCAUGCUGAAAGGCAAUGGAUAUGCCACUGGUUAUAACGAAGUCUGUGGAGACAAUGUACUCUUCAAGAGCUCUAAAAUCGAGUCCAUGUUCAGUUGGCAGCAGUUGUGGUCCAUCAAGAAGAGUGACAAUGAUAAGCGAUAUGUUUAACGGCCCAUUGAGCAAUGCCAGGCAAAAAUGUAAUCAAUAAAAAAUCAUUUCCAGAGAAA